AUGUCAGGAGCAGCACCGACGCGGCAGACACUGCGGCACCUCCGACGCCUCUGCUUGAUUGACUCGCCUACCGCCACGACUGCAACUACGAGAAGGACACCCGGCCCCUUACAACGUUCGCGACCAGUAUUAGCAGCAGCUCAUCAUAGUCCUCGACGAGCAUUUAGCACGACCAUCACCCGUCAUCUCCAGGAGCAGCCGGCAGCGCAGGCGCAGGCGCAGGCGCAGACCCAAGCUCAAGCCCGACCAGCACAAACGACGGAGUCCAGCAAACAAGACGAUUCAGCCCUCUCAGCGACUCCCCCGGACGUGACCAACUACUACACCCUCUUCCCUUCCACACUCCCAUCGGGCCCGCCCCCAGGUGCGCCCUUCGAUAUUCCCCUCCCGCAACUCCGCCGCGAAUUCCUGCGCCUCCAGUCCCAAUACCACCCGGACAAAUUCCCCGCGGGCACGGCCUCGCACCAGAAAUCCCUCGCGCUCUCUGCCCUCUUGAACAACGCCUACAAGACCUUAUCCGACCCGCUCUUGCGCGCAAGGUACCUUCUCCUCCAAAAUCAUGGAAUCGACAUCACGCACGAGGACAACGCCACGCACGCGGGAGUGACCGACCAAAACACGUUGCUGGAAGUCAUGGAGGCACAGGAGCUGCUCGAGGAAGCCACGACUCAUGACGAGAUUGAAACAUUGAUGAGAGAGAAUAUAGCGAGAAUAAGGGAGACGGAGGCGGCGCUGGCCGAGGCUUUUGAAAAAGACGAUGUCGAGAGUGCGAAAAGGGAAUGCAUCAAGUUGAAUUACUGGCGGAGUCUGCAUUCUGCGCUACAUGAGUGGGAGCCAGGGAAGGAGGUUAGAUUGGUGCAUUAG